UAACCACACACCAUCCUCAUCUUCUCCCGUUCUCCAUAGAUCUCAGUCCACUUCACUAAUUUCUCUGUGUCUUCCAUUCUUCUCCCUCUAUUCCUUUUCUCCCGAGGGAAAAAAAAGGGGCACUUGUCCGCUAAAUCUGUAUUUGGCUGUUUGCUAUAAAAGCCAUUAUCAUUCCCCUCAAUUUAAUCCUAUUUUUUUUUCGAAUUUCAAAUUGUUGGAAUUGGUUAACCAAUUGUUCAGAUCUGUGUAAGGUCCGGCCGGAUCGGGAUAUUGAUGGAGGAGGCACUGGAGUUAGCACGUGCCAAAGACACCAAGGAGCGAAUGGCGGCGGUGGAGCGGCUCUACCAACUCCUUGAAGGCUCUAGAAAGAGUCUCACUUCUUCGGAAGUCACUUCGCUUGUUGACUGUUGCUUGGAUCUCCUCAAGGACAACAACUUUAGAGUCUCCCAGGGAGCUCUCCAGGCUCUUGCUUCCGCCGCCGUUCUCUCCGGUGAUCACUUGAAGUUGCACUUCAACGCUCUUGUUCCCGCGGUUGUUGAACGGCUGGGUGACGCCAAACAGCCUGUUAGAGACGCUGCCAGACGCCUGCUGCUCACUCUAAUGGAGGUUUCUUCUCCGACAAUUAUCGUUGAAAGAGCUGGCUCUUAUGCCUGGACACAUAGAAGUUGGAGAGUUCGAGAGGAAUUUGCCCGGACUGUCACAUCAUCCAUCAAUCUUUUUGCAUCUACUGAACUUCCACUUCAACGGGCAAUUCUUCCGCCUAUUUUGCAGCUGUUGAAUGACUCAAAUCCUGGUGUUCGUGAAGCUGCUAUAUUGUGCAUUGAGGAAAUGUAUACUCAAGCUGGAACUCAAUUUCGUGAUGAACUUCAUCGCCAUCAGCUUCCUGGAUCUAUGAUGAGAGAUAUCAAUGCCAGACUAGAGAAAAUUGAGCCACAAGUUAGAUCUUCAGAUUUGGGUGGUUUUGCUGCUGGAGAGAUAAAGGCUGCAAUACGCAAUCCCAAGAAAAGCAGUCCAAGAGCCAAGAGUUCUUCGAGGGAAACAUCACUUUUUGGAGGGGAAAGUGACAUUACUGGAAAACCAAUAGAUCCAAUUAAAAUUUACUCAGAUAAGGAACUAAUAAGGGAAUUUGAGAAAAUUGCUUCUACUCUUGUGCCAGAAAAAGAUUGGUCCGUACGCAUUGCUGCCAUGCAGAGAGUUGAAGGCCUUGUUUCUGGAGGUGCUGCUGAUUAUCCAUGUUUCCGGGGACUCUUGAAGCAGCUUGUUGGACCACUAAAUACACAGUUACUAGAUAGGAGGUCAAGCAUUGUGAAGCAGGUUUGUCAUUUGUUAUGCUUCUUAUCGAAGGAGCUCUUGGGAGAUUUUGAGGCAUGUGCUGAGCAAUUCAUCCCAGUCCUUUUCAAGUUGGUUGUGAUUACCGUGCUUGUAAUUGCAGAGUCCGCAGAUAGCUGCAUAAAAACAAUGUUGCGUAACUGCAAAGUUGCCCGUGUGCUUCCCCGUAUAGCUGAUUGUGCAAAGAAUGACCGUAGUGCUGUACUCCGUGCCAGGUGUUGUGAAUAUGCAUUGUUGAUACUUGAACAUUGGCCUGAUGAACCAGAAAUACAGAGAUCGGCUGAUUUAUAUGAGGAUCUGAUUAGGUGCUGUGUUGCAGAUGCAAUGAGUGAGGUACGAUCAACUGCUAGAAUGUGCUACAGAAUGUUCUCCAAAACUUGGCCGGAUCGUUCUCGUCGCUUGUUCACCUCUUUUGAUCAUGUUAUUCAAAGGAUUAUUAAUGAAGAAGAUGGAGGGAUGCAUAGGCGCCAUGCUUCUCCUUCUGUCCGCGACAGAAAUGUUAAAAUGCCAAUUACCUCUCAGUAUUCUGCCAGUUCACAUCUACCUGGAUAUCAAACAUCUGCUAUAGUUGCAAUGGAUAGGACUUCAACUUUAUCCUCAGGGACACCUCUCACAUCUGGGUUGAAUCUAUCCCAACCAAAACCCCUUGGUAAAGGUACUGACCGUACUCUGGAGAGUGUGUUGCAUGCAAGCAAACAGAAAGUCAGCGCUAUUGAAAGUAUGCUUAGAGGUCUGGACAUAUCUGAAAAGAAGAGGUCAACAAGUUGGGAUCUAGGAGUGGACCCUCCAUCAUCUCGUGAUCCUCCAUUCCCUGCUGUUGUUCCAGCUUCUAACAGGCUCGCAAGCGCUUUAGGACUAGAUUCCACUACCUCUACUGUCGGUAAAAGUAGUAACCGCAAUGGUGGUCUGGUUAUGUCUGACAUAAUUACUCAAAUUCAAGCUUCCAAGGAUUCAGGCAAGUUAUCAUAUAGGACUAGUGUGACAACUGAGUCUUUGUCAGCUUUCACAUCACAUUCUGCCAAGAGGGCAUCCAGAAGACAAGAACGUGGUUAUUUUGAAGAUAACAGUGACAUUAGGGAGGCCAGGUGCUUUAUAAGUCCACAUAUUGAGAAGCAAUAUUUGAACACACCUUAUAGAGAUGUAAACUCUCGGGAUUUACAGAACAAUUGUAUUCCAAACUUCCAGAGGCCACUAUCGAGAAAGCAUGUAGCUGGGCGUGUGCCUGCUGGAAGGAGAAAGAGUUUUGAUGAUAGUCAGCUGUCACUUGGAGAGAUGUCAAGUUAUGUUGAAGGUCCAGCUUCUCUCAGCGAAGCCCUAAGCGAGGGACUUAGUCCUAGUUCUGAUUGGUCUGCAAGGGUUGCUGCUUUUACUUAUCUCCGGUCAUUGUUGCAGAAGGGCCCAAAAGGUAUUCAGGAAGUGGUUCAAAACUUCGAGAAGGUAAUGAAACUGUUUUUCCAUCACUUGGAUGAUCCGCACCAUAAAGUUGCACAGGCUGCCCUUUCAACACUAGCUGAUAUCAUUCCAUCAUGCCGAAAGCCCUUUGAGAGUUACAUGGAAAGGAUCUUACCCCAUGUUUUCUCACGGUUAAUUGAUCCAAAGGAGUUGGUUAGGCAGCCUUGCUCAAUGACAUUGGAAAUUGUAGGCAAAACUUAUAGCAUAGAUUCUCUCUUACCUGCUUUGCUGCGUUCCCUUGAUGAACAGCGUUCACCGAAGGCAAAAUUAGCUGUUAUUGAGUUCAGUAUUAGUUCCUUCAACAAACAUGCUAUGAAUUCCGAAGGUUCUGGUAAUAUUGGCAUCCUGAAGUUAUUGCUUGCUAAACUGACACCAUUAGUCCAUGAUAAAAAUACCAAGCUUAAGGAUGUAGCUAUUACUUGCAUUAUAUCCAUAUACUCAAAUUUUGAUCCUACUGCUGUUCUGAAUUUUAUUCUUAGUUUAUCAGUUGAAGAACAAAAUUUCUUGAGACGGGCACUCAAACAGUACACUCCACGCAUUGAGGUGGAUCUAAUUAACUAUUUGCAAAACAGGAAAGAGAGACAGCGUUCUAAAUCAUCCUAUGAUCCAUCUGAUGUUGUUGGAACAUCAUCUGAAGAAGGAUACAUUGGUGUUUCGAAGAAGAGUUUUUCACUUGGAAGAUAUUCUGCUGGUUCUGCUGAUAGUGAAGGUGGUAGGAAUUGGGUUUCCACCCAGGAAUUAACCCCGACCAUUAGAAAUAUUGACCUGGCAACAUCUGAUGGAACUCAGGAAAACUUAUAUCAGAACUUGGAGACUAGUUCAAACACCAAUGUUUUUCCUUCCAAAAUCAAAGACUGGUCUUAUAUGGUUAAUUCUAUUCAUCAGAAUUUGGAAUCUCAAACUGGCCAGAUGGAGAACUUAGAAACUAGUGUCAACUUGGAAGGUCUAUCUACUCCAAAUCUGGAAAUUAAUGGCCCGAGUAGAUCUGGCUCUUUGGGGACAAUUGAAGGAUUUGCUCAUAAUGAGACUUCAUCAGAGUUGGAUCUUAAUCAUCUUAAACCUGCAGCUAUAAAGGUUAGCUCUAUGCCAGACACAGGGCCUAGCAUUCCUCAACUUCUUCACCUGAUCUGCAAUGGGAAUGAUGAGAGCCCUACUGUUAGCAAGCACGAUGCACUUCAGCAAUUAAAUGAAAUUUCUGUGGCUAAUGAUAUUUCUGUUUGGUCCAAGUAUGCCAAUCAGAUUUUGACAGUUGUACUUGAAGUUUUAGAUGAUUCUGAUUCCUCAAUCCGAGAACUUGACCUGUCAUUGAUAAUCGAAAUGCUUAAAAACCAGAAAGGUGUUAUGGAAGAUUCUGUUGAAAUAGUAAUUGAGAAGCUGCUUCACGUGAUGAAGGAUACUGUUCCAAAAGUGUCAAACGAAGCUGAGCACUGCUUGAACACUGUGUUGUCCCAGUAUGAUCCAUUCAGAUGUUUAAGCGUUAUUGUACCUUUAUUAGUUGCUGAAGAUGAGAAAACUCUAGGUAUUUGUAUCAACUGUUUAACAAAGCUUGUGGCCAGGCUGUCACAGGAGGAACUAACUGCUCAGUUGCCCUCGUUUUUGCCCGCUCUUUUCGAAGCUUUUGGAAACCAGAGUGCUGAUGUCCGUAAGACUGUCGUUUUCUGUUUGGUGGAUAUCUACAUAAUGCUGGGGAAAGCGUUUUUGCCACACUUGGAGGGGCUUAACAACACACAGUUGAGGCUGGUUACAAUUUAUGCCAAUAGGAUCUCACAGGCCAGGACCGGCACCCCUAUGGAUGCCACCCAUGAUUAGCAGAAAGCAAGUGAGGUCGGAUUCGGGACAUGUCUACUUGUUCAUUGUUGUGCAUUUUGUAUAUCGUGUGAAUGCAUUUGAAGGGGUGUUUUUCUUUUAAGGAUUUCUUAGUUUGCUGGGUUUUUGGAGAAUGAGUGCUUUUGUUGGCGGAAUCAAAUAGGGAAUUGCACUAAUGUUAUGCCCAUGUUGUAAGCACCAUUUUUCUUAACUUUGUUUUUUGAUAAAGAAAUUUGGUUUUUGGAGAAA